GUCAUUCCAGCAAGUCGUUAGUGUCUAUGGAGAAAGUAUGUACCCUCAUGACUAACGAAUGUCCAAACAGUCCCUUACUGCUGACAAUCAUAGACACACACGCCCAUCGCUUACACAAAAGCCAGCUCUGCUCUCAGCGAGAAGUGUGAUGGACACUCAACAUUCGGCGCCCCGACGUAUUGCCAAAUCGAAGAGGCUGCCACAGAGACAUCAACACGUUCGUUGCACCAGGUGCGAUACACCCCCAUGAUGUCACUUCGUUGACCUGGGGGCAUGCCCAAACAGCUGAUCGGCCGCAGCAAGUCAGACACCCAAAUGUAGUCUAGACAGUCGGCGAAGGACGGCCCCUGAAGCGAUACGCACACAUGCACACACACACACACACAGGGAGGGAGUCUCACGCCAUCCAUGCAAUGCAUGUUCCCUGCCGUACCACGUGGUUGGUAAAGGUCGGCUCUCUGCCCAUGAUGUGUGCGUAGACCGACGUGAGGCCAAUGCUGUGCGACGGCUGCAUCUUGUCGGCCACCUCCUCACCGCCCAUCUUGGCCUUGCGGAUCAGCAAGUCGAACAGAGGCGUUCUCUUCAGCACAUGGGUACUGUCGCCCUGCAAGUCGAUCUUGCCCCGGGACAGGAUCGAAUACCUGAACACACAAAAUACAAACGACAUUGCGAGAGACAGGCGGCCGGCCAUCUCGUCUCGUGUGCGUACCCUAGGUUGGUCCGCGACCCUAUGUGCGGCACUAUGGCGAAGUGACCCACGAAGCAGACGGGCGUCUCCUUCUGCAGAUCGGCCCCCCACUGUGCCCCCAACUCGGCAAUCGCCUCAAUCAUCUCGGAGAUCUGGAGACACUGCCUGUCGGGCCGCAGCCAGAAAUAGUGAAUGUGCACGUUGGCGAACAGCAGCAACCGCCCUGACGUCCGGCACCUGAGCAGCAGCACCUGCCCGACGUUACCUCCUGGCAGUGCGAGGCCGUCAAUAUCCGCCUCGGUAACACGACUGCCGGCCAUCCCCCUCACCGCUUUCUUGACCCGCUCGUCUAGCUUCACCGUGGUCUUGUGCUCAACGGUGAAGCGGUCUGAUCUCACAGCCGUCAGCAGGCCCUCCGGGAACUGCGCGCCCUUGCCAAGCGUCUUGGAAUCGAAGAACAGCUCGCCGUAUCCCUGCACACACACACACACACACACAAACACACAGCAAUGAACGUCGAGUGGGCGGUGCGGCGGCUUCAGUUACUAUCUCAUUGAGUUCAGACCGGAGGUGCUGGUCUAACACCUCUCGUUGAGUCUCUUGGAAGCCGACCACAUCUGCCCCAAGCGACUUGACCUCUAUUUGCACAGGCAACAAUGCCAGCCAUCCCGCAGACAACCACAAGAAGGUCCAUUCCCUCAUCCAUCCAUUCGCUCGUUCUGCCCACGUGCAGUACUUACCUGCCACCACUCGCUCGAAUCUCCUCUCUGGGCUUAUCGCUUUCCUCGAACAAUACGGAAAGUCCACACACUUGACGUAGCACGGAGCCAGGAUGCUGACCAGGCCACACACGCAUGCAUAUGAUUCUCGUGUGUGUGUGCUUCCCUUCCCUCCCCGACUUGUAUGAGGCGCACACAAACGUGCACGUGGGGUUGUCUUUCUCUGCCGCAGCAGGUGCAUCUCGGGAACUGAUGGUUGUUCUGCAGUUGAGAUGGGAAGUGAGGCCGUCUCUGGCAUCGCCGAAGGCAUCGCGCCGGCAGCAAGCGCGGAUCACCAACUUAAUCAGCGGCUGAAGGACGGUCAACAGCAGGGUGAGCAACAAGCCCCAAAUGUGCAGCAACAAGCCCAAGAAUGCAUCCAGAGCAUUCAUUGUAAGGGCUUCAAUCAAACAACACGCCGACUCACGGUCGCGGGAUCCCGAAGAGGGGGAGAGAGGGGAGAGAAUUUCUGCCACCCGCGAG